AUGUCCCUACCUGAACAAUCUGUCUACGUGAUCGUCCCAUCACCAGGGCCCUCAAUUGAAAGCGACCGACUUCUUCUUCGGCCAAUUACUGACGCCGAUGCCGCCGCACUUUUCGACAUUCGUUCCCGGCCCGAGGUGGCAGAAAUGAACUCUCCUAAAAUACCAUUUAAAUCAAUUGAAGAAACCCGUGAAUGGAUGGCAACCAAAGUGUUCAAAAGUGGUCCAUCCGAUAUCAUCGGGCGUUCAUUUAAUUAUGCCAUCGUGGACAAGUCAAUCCCUGAAACAGAGGAGCGAGUCGUUGGAUCUAUCAGUUUCAAUCAAGUAGACCCUUUCCCUGAGAUUGGAUACGCUGUGCAUCCAUCUUGUUGGGGGAAAGGGUACGCAACAGAGGCUUUGCAAUUGUUGUUGAAGAUGUGGUGGAAUCUGGCGCGUCGAACGGUUGACGGUGAAGAUGCUUGUUCAGCAGAGACGGAGAAGGCCUUUGCUCUUUGCGAAAAGAGGAAUGCUGCUAGUGGCCGUGUACUAAAAAAGUGCGGCUUCAGGGUUGUGGGGGAUUUCCAAGAAGAGGGAGAUGACCUUUUUAUUUUUGGGUUAGAGCGGCCGUGA